AUGUCGUUUGACGGCGGUUGCGCAGAUAGCCGCGGAACGAAGUCGGUACUGGCAACGCCGUCCGCACCAGCGAAGCGAACGACCAUGUCCGUCACACCGCCGCGGUCGGGCAUCGCUGCCGUCAAGGUUGGGACCUCCUCAAGGAUACUGCUGCUCGCGCAGAUGGUGCUCUGCGCGAUAGGCAUCAACCUUUGCUUUGGUUGGUGGUCCAUCAAGCAGGAGCGCGCCAUCACAAAACCCUACUUCAUAGCUGACAGUGCCUUUGCCGCCUCGAUGACUGCGACUGCAGCGUCAACUCACGACGCGCGUCGUGCCGCAGCGGUGGCAGCAGCGAAGUCGAAUGCCCCGCCUGGUAAGCCGCACGUUGUCUACCUCUCCACAGUGUACGGCAUUAGUUUGACGCAAACGUUGGCAGGUGCCAUCGUGAGCGCAGCGCUCCUGGGAAUGAAUAGUCUCCUGCGUCGUUUGAUGCGGAGCUACCAGCAGCGAUCCGCCAGCCAGCGUGGCGUGAAGGCGAACGUAUCGGCCGCACUGGAUCAGAAUCAGUCCACCGUGCUGAGUCGGCGAGACGUGCGGGAGAUGUUGGCCAUGGGCUUCUCCAACAUCUUCGGCACGUCGCUCGGCUACGCCGCCAUGCGCCGCGUCUCCUACCCCGUCGCGCUGACCGCAAAGAUGGGCAAGAUGCUUCCCGUCAUGCUUGUCGGCUUUGUGUGGUACCGCGCGCGCUACCCGGCCAAGAAAAUUGGGGCGUGCCUGCUCAUCACCAGCGGCGUCAUCGCCUUCUUUCUACUGGAGAGUCGCAUCACCAGCUCCGCCAGCGCAUCCUCUGCCACCGCCGCCGGCAGCAGCAGCAACACCGGAACGAGCGCAAAGCGCGGCGCGGCAUCAUCCUCGUCAUCUCUCCUCGGCAUGGCGCUGCUCCUGCUCAACCUGCUCAUGGACGGGUACACGAACUCAACUCAGGAUAUCCUCGUCGAGCGGCACCGGUGGAGUGGGGCGUCGCUCAUGAUGCGGACGAACCUUGUCUCGGUGGGGUGUGCCCUAUCGCUUCUCUUCGCACUGGAGUUGGGUGAACAACCUUGGAGCUGGCUGGCGUCGUUCUCGCACCACACCGUGACUUUGGCGAUGCGCAGCCUCCCCAUGCCGAACAGCGCACUUGGUCGCGUAUUCGCGGCUUGGCUGGAGCGCGCUAGCGGAGUCUCGGCCACGUCGGUCGUUCCGUUCCACGACCUCUCCCAUUUUCUCGCCUUCCUCGUGCACUGCCCGGAGGCGCGCCACGACGUGUUCCUCAUGAGUCUCCUAAGCGCACUUGGGCAGCUGUUCAUCUUCCACACAAUCACCGUCUUUGGAACGCUGGCGAUGACCGCGAUGACCCUGCUGCGCAAGAGCGGCAGUGUCAUCCUCUCCAUCGUGGUCCACGGGCACACCGUGCAAAACGCACAGUGGGUCUCGCUCGGCGCCGUCUUCAUCGGAGUCGUUCUCGAGGGCUACAUCAACAUUCAAGAAGCCUCGCUCAGGCAGGGGCAAGCGACCGCGAAGCGGGCGGCACCGCGCGAAGCCGCAGCGACUGCGAUUCCAUCGUCGUCUAGCAGGGUUGUGACCGUCAACGGCACCCCGGCCCCCGGAUACGCGGACGUCAGCGCGAAGAACAACGCAUCUGAAGAUUCAGAAGCGACAGCGCUGGCCAAGGUGCGGGCGCUCCGCGCCAUCGCCGCCACAACUGCUGCACCCGCCUCGUCACCACGAAAAGCCAAGAAGACGCAGUAA